AUGCACACCCCGUCCCUCGCCCUUACUCUCUCCAUCCUCACCCACACCGUCCUUGCAGGCUGGGACUCCAAACUCUGCAACGGCUCCGGCGGCUGUUUAGGACUAACAUGGUUUCCUGGCACCGACUACAAAUGCCCUGACGGCGUAACCUUCACAGCGCAGCAACUCGCCGGCGAUCUCCUGGCGCUCGACAACGGGCACUACGAAGCCACGACGCCAGAGCAAUUCCCAACGAAAUGUGUCCGUGGGACGAAACCGGGUCCGAACGAUAAGCUUGUUGUGCAUACGGGCGAGUAUGGUCAGCUAUACUAUGCGUUCAUUUCCGAGGUUUGUAGAGAGGAGAAACCGACGGCGGAUUGUUAUAAUCAGAAUCCGAAUCCUUCUUCGAGCACUCUUUGCCAGAUUACUACAAAGGAUGGGUCUGGGAACUGUGAGCAAGCGUGA